CACGGUAUGGACGGACGACCAAACCGACACUAGAACUGCAGUUGCAGUCGAGUCUAGCCAGCAGACUAGCCAUGUGAUACGAACAUCAACUACGGGCAAAUAUACAGAGUAUUUAACCCUGCCUCGGAAGCAAUGGCUCGUGGAAAGACUGUACGCGUCCCCACCGCCGCCAGCCUUCCCAACAACCUGCGCAUUCCCUCGACGACUCCAAUCCUAACCAAGACCCUGGGCCGGCUGUCGCGUCAGGUGCUGAUUGAUCUGGUGCUGGAAUGGCUGGACGACCGCAAUGUGCAGAGCUUUCGGCCGUACCUUGCACAGGACGAGGCGGAGGACAGAGACGAUAACGACGAGGCUAGCCCCUACGCCGCCGCAAAGGAUAUCGAGGAGGUUCGCGAAACGUAUCGUGAGCUCCAAGACAGAAAGGGAGGGAAACGGGAAGUUGUCGAGCAGAUUCUCGACGGCGACUGGCGGCAUGGAAUCACGUUGCGCCAGCUGGCCAUGGUAGAUUUGCGAUACAUGGAGGAUCACCCAGCAAGUCUCCGAUGGACAGCGUUGGAGCUUAGUCGUAUAGUGGCCGAGGAUGGGCAAGAUUCAUCUGCCACACGAGCAGCGGACAUCUCCGCAUGCGUCCCGCGUAUCCAUGCGGCCAUGUUUCUCAGCAACCUACAGCGGGAGGUCUCGUCCCUGGUGAAAGCACACUACCACCUGGUGCGCUCGAAAACCUUGCCACUGACAUUUCUGCGAAUCUUGGUCACCGACUCGCCGUACCAGAACUCCCGUUCCAACCCUGGAACACUGGUGGACUCGUCUAGAGUCCUCUAUGUUGCUUUCCCAGACAGUUGCCCCUACAUCUACACCUCCAUCUCCUCGUCGACGGGACCCAAAGCAAACCCCAGAUUCGCAACGGACACUCGAACCCUACAACAGAUUGUCCGCGACGCCAUUCCCAAAGCCCUCUCGCAGCAGCAGCAACGGUUGACUCUCAAGGCGACCUCCCUAACUGCCAAGAGCCUCCAAGCUCUGCUCGCUCUCCGCGGACCAGGCCGCUCCAACGCCGCAAACGGGGCAUUCAGUAUCUUCGCCGAUGCAGCACUCGAGGGCAGCCCGCUGGACCCUCGGCCAUCCCACACCGUCACCCCGGAGGAUUUUCUCCAACAACAACAACAACAACAACAGGAAACCCAGAAGAGCAACAAUCAAAGUAGUACAGAAAACACCGUCACAACAACCCGAACCAAUGACUUUGACGAUUCCUCCGACUCCCCCGCAAAGAAACGCAGACUAGCAGUACACACCCGGUUCGGUACGGCGGGGAUGGCUCUCUCCCCCCUCAACGCCCCGCUGGAUCGUCUGGACAUCCGCCUUCUAGACCCGCAUCAUGACACCCCCGCCACCACCCCCUCCUCUUCUCAUCCGACUCUCUCCCUCACUUUCUCCGGUGCAGAUGUCAUCGGCGGGUUCCGCAAACUUGCCGACCUCGGGAUCCUUCAGCCUGACCGUAUCCCGGCCUGGAUGACCGGCGAAGAAGCGGUGAGUGUUGCGGUGGUGAAAGGGGGGAGGCGAGUUCCGAAAGAUGGAUGAUUAAGAAGUUAUUCUCUCUAUAUACCCUCUACCUUUCAGGUAAUAUGAAUGUCAAGGAAUGGGUACUAAAUAAUUGCCUCAUGUAUAUUAAAUCUAUUAACGAAUCUAUUUGAUUGGAAUAUAAAAAUUUACAUCU